GGCUAGUGGGAGGUGUCCCUGGGGGUGGGACUGGAUGAGCUUUAAGGUCCCUUCCCACCCCACCCAUCCCUGGAUUCUGUGAGUCUUUGGCUCCAGCACCAUCUUCCCUGAAAACAAGGAGGGAAGAGCUCACACCCCCUGUGGAACCAGGUGCCCUUUACGGUCCCUUCCCACCCGAACCAUCCCAGGAUUCUGGGAUUCUCCAGGAAGUUUCCAGGUACCACUUUCCCUGGAAACCACAGGAAGUCAACCCCCCCCCCCCCUUUGCAUCUGUGGGAGCUUGGAAUGCAGAGCCUGGAAUUGCUGAGCUGGGCACUCCACCCCCAGCGCUGCUGAUGGUUGUGCUGAAAAUGUUGACUGGGAAAAGCCUCUUUCCUUUCACUUUUCAGCAGCUCUGCAGCCCAGAACUGCCAGGAAUGGCUUUAUCCUGCACGAGGCAAUGGAUCCUGCUGAAUGUGGGCAGGGAAACGGGAUCAUCAGCAAAUCCAUUGUCAGGGUUUCAUUCCCAGCUGGGGCUCGGAAAGGGUUUUUUGGCAGGGCCGGUGCCAGUGCUGAAAGGAAAAAAAUUCCCCCCAAAGAACCCACCUGGGAGGGAAUUCUGCUCGUGGAGCCACAUCUAUCCGUGCUUUGAGGGUAUAAAUUGGGAUAAAAUGAGUAAGAGGCAGCAAAAAAAGGCACAGGAGAUAUUAAAUAUGUGUUAAAUAACGUGCUGGGAGAUCGUGGAAUCAUGGAAUGGGUUGGGUUGGGAGCUUAAGGAUGAUCUUGUUUCACCCCCAGGAACUCCUUCCACUAGCCCAGGUUGCUCCAAGUUCAUCCAGGGCUGGGAUUUGCCCAUCACCAGCUCAUUAUUCUGCAGAUCACUGGAGAGGUUAAAUUUGAGGCAGUGUAAGAUUUGAGUGGUUUUGGCUCUCUGGAGGAAGAGCUUUCACCAAAAUGAAGAUGUUUUUACCAAAAUGCAAUGAACUCUUUAAAUGUUCCAGUUGAAGCCUCCAGCAGUCCACAGGCUGAAGGAACAUCCCCGCUGGAUGUGGGUUCCCUGGAUGGGUUCCCUGUUGGAGCUCCCUGAGGAGCCUCUUGGCUCAGCUGCUCCCACAGACAGGAGGGUCAGGAGGGAGGAUUUGGAAGCAGCAGGACCUGAUUUCCCUCUCCACUGAGCACAGAGAGGGAAACUCCAGUGUCUGAGGAGACUGAGCCCAGGGAAUGUCAGCCCACACGGCCCCGGGGGAUCCAUGGGGAACACGAGCCAGGCAGGGCUGGAAGCAGGAGAACCAGGAAGGUUCUGGAAGGAAGACCAGGCUGGAUGAACUUGGAGCAACCUGGGAUAGUGGAAGGUGUCCCUGCCCAGGGCAGGGGGUGAGGCAGGAUCAGCUUCAAGUUCCCUUCCAAUCCAAGCCAUUCCAGGAUUCUGUGAUCCUUGGAAUUGGGUUCAUCUUUCAGAAUGCUCCUGAGAGGAUUUGGGGUUGCCUUGGGUUGGUUCUGGUUGCAAGGUAGGAUUUGGAGAUACUUCCUAAUGAGGGAAUCCUGAGUUCCAUUGGAUUUACUUAAAGUUUAUGCUGUUCACAAUGCUUCUGGAAGUUUGCUUUGCUUCUCCCCAAAAUAGCUGCCUUAUUUCAUCCUUCCUGUUUAUCCCUCCUCCCUUUGAAGCGUUCCUUGCUCCCACCUUUGUGGGGGAGAGGAGGAGGCAACGCUGGAAUUGGGAUGUUUAUCUCGGUAUAAAAAUCCACUCCUGCUCCUGCAGAGGAAAAACAGGGAAACCACAAACCCGAGGGGUUUUGGCAGCAGGAAUUGAUGGAGAAAUUAGUAACAAUUCAAUUUGUUUGGGAAAAGAAAAGGAUAUUUUCCUGCUGGUUCUACCUCGCUCUCCCAGUGCAUUAUCCCUGUGUUUGUGUGAAUACAUCUCCAUAUUUAUCCAUUAUUUAGUGACAUGGGAGAGCUUGGCAGUUUAUAAUCCAUUAAAUUCAGGCUCCCAGCAGUGAUCAAAGACCCCACAUCCCUCACAAAUCAUUCCCUGUUACCUGAAACCAGGAAAGACAGAGGGAAUCGUGGCCUCUUUUUGCAGGAAAACAGCCGAAUGUUGGAACUUCUCUCCUACUUGUUCCUAUUAACAUUUCAUCAAUGGAAUUCCAGGAGAAUUAGUAGGUGAAUCUCGGGAUUCUGUGGAUUUAUGUUGUGCAGCUUCUGGGAAAAUGUCCCUGUUGCUGAGUUAAAAGGGGGCACUCGGAGUGUCCUGAAGUCACAGGGAAAUUCCUGCAGGUUGAUUCCUGGAAAAUGAGAUGCAAGAAGAGACAAGGAGGAAAAAAACUGGGGGUUUGGGAGAUGGAGCAGAGGAAAGUCAGGAAGCAAAGGUGCUUCAGCUGCAGUUGGAUGAAGCUGCUCCGUUCCACGGCCACGGCUCCGUCGUGGCAAGUCGGGAGCCAAGGAAAAGUCUGCAGCAAAUGGAGCUGAAGAGUCAAGGAUUAAACAAUCUCUGCUGAUUUCCUGGAGGGUUUGUGCUGCUGGAUGGAUUUGCCUAAAAUAAACUGCUGCAUGCCUGGGAAAAAGGGCAGAGCAUCCCCGAGAGCUGCUCCCUGGGGAACGGCUGGGGCUGCAGAGCCAGGGGUUUGUAUCCCCCGUUAUCCACCUUUCUGUGAAAUGGGAUUUUCAAAAAGCAGAGGAGGAGGUUCAGCACCAGGUUCCCAGUCCUGGGGGUGCCAGGCUUUUAGGGAGGAGGAUUAUCCUGGAGAAUUCCUUGCCAGCGUGUUGGAUGGGGCCUGGAGUGAACGGGGACAGGUCCUGCCCAUGGCAGGGCUGGAAUGGGAUGAGCUGGAAGGUCCUUCCAACCCAACCCAUCCCGGGAUUCUGCCAUAGGAAGAACAGGGGUGUUUGGGGCAGUUUGUGGGGUUUAAGGGCUGGUUUUCCUGCUGGGACUCAGCUGGAGCUGAGUUCUUGCCCACAGGGAGGUGGGAGGGAGGGACUGGGCAAACCUCGGGAAGCUGCUCAGCUUCCAUAAAAAACUGGAUUUGGCACAUUGGCAGAGCUCCCUCCUGCACAGGAACGUUAUCCAAGGCCUCCUCUGUCCAAAUGGAAGUUACACAACGCUCUUCUUCUGACUCUGUAGUGAUUCCAGGUGGUUUGGAGUCGGUUCAUCUCCCUUUGCAGCCCGGGAGCAGCUGUGCCUGCGGAUCCCUGCGAGGGAUCAGGGCUGGAGCGUGGGCUGGAGUGUGGAAUUCUGCCCUGGGAACCCACCCCUGCCAGGAAAGCAUCACCCCCCGAGUGCAGCCCAACAUCCAGACCCCCCUCAUCCCACAGAACCGCAGUGGUCCCUCUCCCAGUUCAAGGAGGCGGCAGGACCCGACUCCUACGCUCCCAAAAAUCCCCGAGGAACAGGUUGGUGGCAUCUCCAGCCCGGAAGGCUGAGGCAGAAGAGGUUUGAAGGUCAGAGAUGGACCAGUGGGAAAAAUGGGGAGCUUUGGGAACCGCCUCCUGACUUCCAUUUCCUACGUUCCAGGAUAUCCAGGUGGAGUAAAACCUUUCCCCCCUUGUUUCUGAGGCUCUUUCCUUCCUCGGGGUUGAAUUCCCGUGUCUUGAGGUUGAGCUGCAGAAGGGAAACUUGCUGUGGAAGAGAGUUGGAGACUUUUUUUAUUUUUUUAAGAUAAUUGUGAUUUAACCUAAAUUUUCAAGCCCAGAGUCACAGGAUGGAUCCAGACUCUUUUUUUUUGGCCACAGUAAAAGGAACUUUCAAGCUUCAAAUUUCAGCUGUUGGACAAACUGAAAAGAGCCAUUACUGUGCCCUCCACCCUCCAUUAACUGUUUUGAAACAUUGUGCAGCACAAAGAAAUAACUUUUUUUUUUUGCUUAUUUCAACACAAUUACUGCCUCUUGAAAAAAAGGGAUUCCUGGAGGGGAUUCCUGGAUACCCUUAGUAAGGAUGAACCACUUCAACCUCCAUUAGACAGGGCUGGAAUUAGAUCAAGUGCUCCAGGAAAUGACAGAAAUACCCCUCAAAAAAGGAAAAAAACCAACCCAAAAAAUCAACAACCCCCCAAAUUUGUCAGAUUUUACCAACUGGGUUUGAUCCCCAAGCCCUGGAGCAGAGAGUGUGUCCGUAGGGAUGUGGAAUGGCCUGCAGGGGGACACAGGGAAUGCUGUGGGUCUGUCCCUGCUGCUGCUCUCUGGAUCCUCCAAGUCCUGGAGUGGUCCCUGAUCCUUAAAAACUUGGGGUAGAAUGCUUGGAAAACGGGAAUUUAUUUUUCAAGCAGGGAUUACUGUAAAAAAUGUCACCAAAACGAGGAGUUUGGCACCGCGGGAGGAUUUCACUGCCCGGCUUUCCCGCUGGCUUUGGGGAUGAAGUUUGUGGGAUUUAACUGGCAAAACUCUUCCACUUGGACGUGGCCUUCCCAAAGGAACACCUGGAUCCUCCAGCCACGUCCCUGCCUUUUAACCUGAGCCUGAAGAAGAAACUGAAAUAUUCGGGAAUUCUGUUCCUCCCAAAGAAAAGCUGCUUUGAGGGAUCAACCCCGAAUUCCGUUUUAUCAACGAGGAUUUUGUAGGUUCUGUGUUGGGCACUCCAGGUAUUGGAGAUGUUCAUCCCAGGUUUGUUGGGAGCAGGGAACCAAAGGCUCUGGGAGGUAAGAACACAGAAUUAUUCCACCUUUUUCCAGGAAUCCUCUUUGCUCUUCGCUGACCCCAGGGGAGAAUUCCCUGGCAGCAUUUUCCCUGCUCAGCAGUUGCUCUGCCCUUGGACUGGUGAUUUUCUGUUGUUUAUUCGAUAUUUAAUAUUAAUCACCUCCUGGACUUCAAUAAUUCACUGUCAGGGAUUCAAAUAUAAUUCACAGUUUGUCCUCAAGGAGCUUUUCUGUCACUUCUCGUUCUGUUCUGCUCCUCCUCGUCAUCAGCUCUGGAAGCUGGGAGAGAAAAACAGGUAAAAAAUUUGGGAUUAAAAAGGUAAAAGGUAAAAAAAAAUUGGGAUAAAAAAGGUAAAAGACUUUAUUCCAGGCCUCUGUGCAUUCCUGACCGUGUUCUAAAAACCAGUUUUAAGUUCCUGGUGUAAAAUCCAGCUCAGCCUUUGGGCUGGACUUGAAUAAACCCAGGAUUUGUGGGUUCCUUUGGUCUCCCCAGCGCUGCUCCAGUGAUCCCUGAACAGCAGAAAAUCAAGGAGCAGGAGUUCCAAACAUGUUUUCCAGGGCUAAUUCCAGAGUCUAAACAUCAACUCUGCUGGGACAGACUUAUUUGCAGGAUGAGGUGCCAGGCAGGGCUUGGUUUGAAGGAUCAGGAGAAGGAGGCACAGGAACAGGGAUCUCCUGGAUCUCCUCUGUUCCCAUUCCUGCAGCUUGGACACCCUCCCCUGGUGGGAAUAUUGAACAUCCUGAUCCUUAGAAAGCGAUAUUCCCAAAAUGGGAUCACACCCAGGUUCCCAGAGGUGCCCAUUCCGUGGCCCCCACCCUCCCUGUGCUCUUCAGGAUUUAUGGAAAAUAUGGAAAACUUUCCAAUGUUCCCUCGCAUUUCCCGACAUUGAGGUUCAGGCUCUACUGAUUUAUUGGUAAUAUAUAGAAAUAUAUUAUUUAAAUGUGGUAUUUUCGGUGGUUUUUCCUCAGUGAAAAUCCCUGUGGGAGCAAUUUCAUCCAAGGUUCAAGAUUCCCUGGCAAAAUCCCUCGUCCAGGACAUUCUCUUUAGAAACAAUCACUUGGUGAAGCUGCAGAAUUCCGCUGAAAAUACGAACUCUGUGAUGGAGAAACUGCCUUUGGUUGUUCCUUCCUGGGAAAUAAGUGCCAGGGAUUUCUAAGCAGGAAAAAUGAGGCAAUUUUAGCCAGUUCUUCAAAUUUAAUUGGGAUUUUAUUUCUUUCUCUGCUCUGUUACUCCCUUAAACUCUGCUCUUUGCACAGGGAAGGCAGAAGGUGAUGAAAGCAUCCCUUGGGAAUAGGGUUGGGAGUGGGAUGUGCCAAUAAUAAACUGGGAACAUCAGUGGGGCAAAACUGGGGGGGUUGGGGCUUCCCAGAGAUUGGAGCUUCCAGGGGAGCAGAGAAUAAGGGAAUUGCUGAUGGAUCUCCUGGUGGACGCUGUGGUUUGCAGGGAAUGUGUGUCCAGCACUUCCUGGGAGGUAAAUCGUGAUUAAUGCGGGAAUUAACUGUGGGAAUUGCAUGGAAUUACUGGGAAUUGCUGUCAGGAGGGUGUUGGAGGUGAUGUUCCCGUUGGAAAGGCCCCACCAGGAACACAUGGGGUGCUUUUCCCUUUGGAGAUGCUCCAUCAGGAGCAUGAGGGGUGAUGUUCCUGUGGAAAGGCUCCACCAGGAGUACAAGGGGUGAUGUUCCUGUUGGAAAGGCUCCACCAGGAGUGUGUGGGGUGAUGUUCCUGCUGGAGAUGUUCCACCAGGAGUACAAGGGGUGAUAUUCCUGUUGGAGAUGCUCCACCAGGAGCACAAGGGUGCUUUUCCUGCUGGAGAUGCUCCACUAGGAGCACAAGGGGUGAUGUUCCUGUUGGAAAGGCUCCCCCAGGAGCACGAGGGGUGAUGUUCCUGUUGGAAAGGCUCCCCCAGGAGCUGCCCUGUGCCCCCCUCACGCUGUGCCCGCUGUGUUGCAGGUAUGGUGUGAAUAUGCGUUGCUUGGCAGCUCGGGUCAACUACAAGACUCUGAUCGUCAUCUGUGCCCUGUUCACGCUGGUGAUGGUGCUGCUGUGGAACCGCUGCUCCUCGGACACCUCCGGCCCCUUCCCGCGGAUCCCGCCGGGGCUGGAGCGCCGCGGGAUGGCCGAGGACGAGCCCAGGCAGCACAGUGAGGAGACCUCCCCCCAGGAGCAGCAGAAAGCCCCCCCUGUGGCCGGGGCAGGCAGGGCCCCCGCGCCCAAGUACGAGGAGAUUGACUGUGUGAUCAACGAGGAGCACACCGUGAAGGGCAGGAGGGAGGGCAACGAGGUGUUCCUGCCCUUCAGCUGGGUAGAGAAAUACUUUGAGGUUUAUGGGAAAAUUGCUCAGUACGAUGGUUAUGACAGGUUUGAAUUCUCUCAUAGCUACUCCAAAGUAUACACACAGCGGGCUCCCUACCACCCCGACGGGGUCUUCAUGUCCUUCGAGGGCUACAACGUCGAGGUCCGGGACAGGGUCAAGUGCAUCAGCGGGGUUGAAGGAGUUCCCCUCUCCACCCAGUGGGGGCCCCAGGGCUACUUCUACCCCAUCCAGAUCGCCCAGUACGGGCUGAGCCACUACAGCAAGAACCUGACGGAGAAGCCGCCGCACGUGGAGGUUUAUGAGACAGCCGAGGACAAGGACAGGGGCAGGGCCGGGGACUGGGCCGUGCCCAAGGGCUGCUCCCUGACCACAGUGUGGGACAAAGCCAAGCUCACCGGGGUCAAACAGUUCUCUGCUCCAGACACCAGCGAGGGGGUGUCCCUGCAGCUGGGGAACACCCGGGACUUCAUCAUCUCCUUCGACCUCAAGUUCGUGACCAACGGCAGCAUUUCGGUGGUGCUGGAGACGACGGAGAAGAACCAGCUGUUCACGGUGCACUACGUGUCCAACACGCAGCUCAUCGCCUUCCGCGACAGGGACAUCUACUACGGCAUCGGGGCGCGCACCAGCUGGAGCACCCUGACCAGGGACCUGCUCACCGACCUGCGCAAGGGCGUGGGGCUCUCCAACACCAAGGCCGUGAAGCAGACCAAGAUCAUGCCCAAGCGGGUGGUCCGGCUGGUGGCCAAGGGCAGGGGCUUCCUGGACAACGUCACCAUCUCGGCCACGGCGCACAUGGCCGCCUUCUUCGCCGCCAGCGACUGGCUGGUGAGGAACCAGGACGAGCGGGGCGGGUGGCCCAUCAUGGUGACCAGGAAGCUGGGGGAGGGCUUCAAAUCCCUGGAGCCGGGGUGGUACUCGGCCAUGGCGCAGGGCCAGGCCAUGUCCACGCUGGUGCGGGCCUACCUGCUGACGCGGGACGCGGCCUUCCUGGGCGCGGCCCUCAGGGCCACCGCGCCCUACAAGCUGCCGGCGGAGCAGCGCGGGGUCAAGGCCGUGUUCAUGAACCGGCACGACUGGUACGAGGAGUACCCCACGUCCCCCAGCUCCUUCGUGCUCAACGGCUUCAUGUACUCCCUCAUCGGGCUCUACGACCUGAAGGAGACGGCGGGCGAGAAGCUGGGCCGGGAGGCGCGGCUGCUCUACGAGCGCGGCAUGGAGUCCCUCAAGGCCAUGCUGCCGCUCUACGACACCGGCUCGGGCACCAUCUACGACCUGCGCCACUUCAUGCUGGGCACGGCGCCCAACCUGGCCCGCUGGGACUACCACACCACCCACAUCAACCAGCUGCAGCUCCUCAGCACCAUCGACGACUCGCCCAUCUUCAAGGAGUUCGUCAAGAGGUGGAAGAGUUACCUGCGGGGCGGGCGGGCCAAGCACAACUGAGCUGCCACCAAAGCCGCCGGCCGGGUGACGGCCCCGCUUCUCUACGGCCCGUUCAAAGAAGUGAUCCUUAGAACUGCUCUCCUGAAAUCACUGCAUUCCAGGGUGGGAACCUUUGGGUCCGAGGGGUGGGGCCGGGGAGCGUCACCCGUCCCCUGCGCUCCGCGAAGCGAAACCCCCCCUGCUCCUGAGUCUGAGGCUGGGUUUUGUCGGGUUUUAGUUUUCCUUUUUGCAGGAAAAUGUUUGCAGAAGCCAUAGAGGUCUCGAAAGCCCCGCAGGCCUCGCCUGAAGAGUUAAUCCGUGGCCUCUUAAACUGAGUCUUAUGUGUCUCUGUGGGAACAGCUCCUGUGGUGUGACGCCGUCGAUGUGACUUCACUCGUAGCCUGGGUAGUGCACAGUGUAUCUUUUAGAGGCGGGGGUGUUUUUUAAUAGGAAUUCUUUUCUCGGGGUGACAAAUACACCUUUUUAAGUUUUUCCCCAGUCCUCUGGCUGGAGAUCCUUUAGCUGGAGGGUUUCUCCCCAGACGUGUGGGCGGAGGACGCGCGGCCGGCGCCACGUAAGCACAACUCGGUGGGGCUCGCGGGGCCCCCGGAGCCUGAGCCUCAUCACCCCCAGGUUCACCAUCACCCCUCACUGGUGUCACCUCGGAGCUUGGAUCCCUCCUCUGGAGCCUGAUGUCCUGUCUUGGGUUUUGUGAUUCCCUCUGAGAGGUUUCUCUGAGCUUUGGCCGCUUCUUUUUGGGGACACUCGUGGCGAGUUGCUGAGCGGGACGUGGAGCUCGUCCCGAGUCGCUCAGGAAAUUCAGUCGGGGUUCAUUAAGGUUUUCCUGAGGUGAUUUUAAUUUUUAACCUGCUCGAUCCAUCAAGCACUUUAGAAAUUGAAGUUACCUCAGAGGGCUCUGCAGCUCUGCCUGGGCUUUAAUUCCUGAGAGGUUGUGGCUGCCCCAUCCUCUUGGAAGUGUCCA